ACUCCAUCUCGUCGCCCUCACCGACAACACAACCAGUCCCCAGCCGUACCAUACCCUACCUACAACAUGUCUUUCGCCGGCAGACGCACAAGAAACAAGGUCAAGAAAGGUGUCCAGUUCACCGUCAUGGUGGUUGGUGCCUCUGGUACGGGCCGCACGACAUUCGUGAACACUUUGUGUGAGUCGGAGGUCCUGUCGCACAAGGUCUGCGACAGCCCUGAGACAGCGCAUGUUGAGGAGGGCAUCAGGAUCAAGCCUGUCAACGUCGAGCUCGAGGAGGAGGGCGUCCGCAUCGCCCUGACCAUCGUGGAUACCCCGGGUUUCGGUGACAACAUAGACAACGAGUUUGCCUUCCAGGAGAUUGUUGGUUACCUUGAACGCCAAUACGACGACAUUCUCGCGGAGGAGUCUCGUAUUAAGCGUAACCCUCGCUUCCGGGACAACAGGGUUCAUGCCUUACUCUACUUCAUUCCUCCAACCGGCCACGCGUUGAGAGAGAUGGACAUCGAGCUCAUGCGCCGGCUCUCACCUCGUGUUAAUGUCAUACCGGUCAUUGGCAAGGCCGACGCCUUGACUCCAAGUGAACUUAGAGGGUUCAAAAAGAGGAUCAUGGAAGAUAUUGAAUACUACGACAUCCCCGUCUACAAUUUCCCUUACGAUAUCGAGGAAGAUGAUGAGGAAACGAUCCAAGACAACAGCGAGCUUCGUGCCAUGAUGCCCUUCGCCAUUAUUGGCUCGGAAGAGGAAGUUGAGAUCGAUGGACAACCCGUCCGUGCAAGAAUAUAUCCUUGGGGAAUUGUCGAAGUCGACAAUCCGAAGCACUCAGAUUUCAGCCGACUGCGGGGAGCCCUCUUGAAUACACACUUGGCUGACCUGAAGGCCUUGACCCAUGAUGUACUGUACGAAACGUACCGUACCGAGAAACUAUCCAGGACAGUCCACGCAGACGCCCCAGACUCAUCAAUCCUGCCGGAAGAGCUGGCAACGCAGAGUGUGCGCCUUAAGGAGGAGCAGCUCCGUCGAGAAGAGGAGAAGGCAAAGCUGAUCAUCCUGCGCGAGAUCGAAUUGCGGGUACAGCGAGAGAUCAAUGAGAAGAGGCAGGAACUGCUGGCCAAAGAGGAAUCGCUCAGGAACCUCGAGAGCCGCCUUGCUGCCCAAGGCUCGCAGGCAGAAAUCCGAGACUGAUCCUGGAGCGUCUCGACGCGCUCUGUGUGAAAAGCAGUUUCGUGAGGCCAGUAUACCCUAUGUCAAUCAGGACUAUCUGUCACGUCCCCCUCCGUUGGCGAGGUGCUUCCGUUCGUUACGGGCUGAUUAUCCGGAUAAUCUAUCAUGUUUUGCAUUGUCGCUUCAGUAAUUGCUCCUUUCUCCUUCGGUCGUUCUCGCGCUCCUUGUCGACGGACGCUUCGCGUCUCGGGUCGUACUCUACGUGACUCGUACACUCGUUUGGCCAUUGCUACAUGGUUGACCCGCUCUGUCCAGUUCUAGUGCAUUGCGAUAAUGAUAUAUACAUACGUGCAGG